GAGAGUUUCUCUUUCUACAGAGUUUCCCUCCUUUCCUUCCCAAACCGUUCUUCUCUGUACAGUCUUCUUCAGAGCUCUGGUUUGGAACCGUACUUCUGAAGGAGAGGAGUAGAAACUGAUGAUCCGAGCAUGCUUGUACGUAGAUUCGGAAUUCUAACAGAUUCUUGAAAAUAUUAAUGGAGAUCUGUGAAAGUUCAUCGUCAUCUAAUGAGAUUCACCAACCAAUUCUAAGAAAUGCGAAAUAUGCAUAUUCAAGGCAUGAUUUGUUAUCACUUGGAAAGCUUAAACACUGUAGAAACUUUCCCGAUGGAUUCGUGUCUUCGAACUUAAAGGAGCUUGGCAUCAUUGACUCAAGUUGCAUGCAAGAUCUGCUCAAUGGUGAUGAAAGUAAACAUGGUUUAUUGUCGAGUCCAUUCGAGAAUUUCUCUAGAAGAAGAUCUUCUAGAUCCAAAGAGAAUGAAACAUCCAAAGAUGAGGUGAUUUCUAUGGCAAAUGAUUGCUGUCAGCUUAAGAAGAGUGUGAAUCCUUAUCGUCCUCCACACUCAAGAACGAAGGCUGAUCAUUCAUCCCAAGAAGCAUCCUCGGGGACAUACAGCGACUGCGAUAGUAACUCCAUUAUUUUCUACGAGAUAGUUGAAGAGCAGGAGCAUCAGAGAAAGGAAAAUCAGUCUAGACAUGAUGAAGAUGAUGAAGACUGGGAUGAGAUAAUGUCGAUUCUUCGUGUGAAACAAGAGUCUUUGAUAAGUCACGAAACCAAAGAUGAUCAAACAUUGAAUAAAUCAAAAACAACCGAGAUCUGUCUGCCUGAUGAUGAGGAUCUGAUUACAACUAAUGAUCUCUUGCUCCUUCAACCUGCAGGAGGAUCCUCCAUCCCUCACAAAACUCGUAUGCAUCCGAAACUAAAGCUGAGUAAUGUUGAACCCAUAUUAGAAUACAGUUUGCCUGAUGAAGAUAGUUUGAUCUCUGUUCAAGAUCUAUUAAAUCCUUUUGGCAAGAUUGAUCAAGAAAACUUUCAUGAUCAUCAUCAUCAUCAUUAUAGCCUGCAUCAUCAACAGCAUAGGAUGAAUUCUCAAGGUAAUAGUAGCUUGAUGGUCAGUGGGAAUUCAAAUUACUACCACACAAGAAAGCAGGAUCUUCUAGCUGGGCGGUUUAAUCAAGAAUCAUUGCAAACAACACCUCUUCCAUAUGGUGUGGAUCAUUUGACUAAUCCCAAUUAUCCUUACCACCACCAAAUAUAUCCCUCAGACAAUCCCAAUCGUUGGAGCUUGAACACGGAUAUGGGGGCUGGUUUUGAUAGGCAGAGUCGAGCUUUCGUUGGAUAUGCACAUGCAAGGAAAUAGUAAGAUGAAGGCAAGAAGGAAGCAUCAUUAAUGUUUUUUUUUGGAAGAAGGAGAUUCAAUGUGAAGAAUAAAGAAAGGUAUAUAAAGUAGGAUUUGUUAGUAUUAGUGCUAGCUACAAGUACAGUAUGAAGAAAGUAUUAUUGUGCAGUGUUUGCCCUCUAUAUCUGCAUUUCUUGCAGAUUCUCUCAUCUAAUAUCCCUCUUUGAUCAUAUACUA